AGAUGGAUCGGGCAGCAGUAACAAAAUCGUGUUCCGCUCACACGGUAAUGUAAUAAUAGUCAUAACGUCACGGCCCACGCAGUUUUAACCUAGAGCUGAGGGAUUUGCAGUUUUCAACCCGAAGUGGCUGCAAAUACUUCGAAAAUGUUUGCAUCGACGAUUAAAUGUGUCUCUCCCCCCUCCCCUUUGCGUGCACGUCGCGCUGCCUUUUAAACAGAAACGGGGUGACCUUGUGUGGGGGGAAGGUGACGCGCGUGUUGUCGCCGGUGCCGGACGGGAAGGCACGCGCCAUGGACAGCCUGCUGAUCGCCCAUAUUCAUCUUCAUUUCAACUAGGAUGACGCGUUUCCAUAAUUAUAUGUAGCGUGUUAGCUGAAGGACAGUGUCCAGCCAUGCUUGUGGAUCGGGUGCUUCGGGACGGUCUGGAGUAGGACUUUGCUGCCAGGGCCUGUUCGCUUUAGGGCGGCUGGCGUUUUCAUUACCGUUCGGACUCCCGACGCUGAUAUUUUCGCUAGAUGAAGAUGCGGUGACCCUCAAACUGGUGUAAUUAAAUAUGUCGGACUUAUAUUGUUUAGCCAACGUUACCAUAAAGACCCAGGGGGAGGAAGGAGGCGGUCCCCCCGUCCGCGCACAUGCCCGGUAGCCCGUCCUCUUCUCCCUUCCUUUUCCUUCCUCUCCCGUCCUUUACUUCAUUCUCACCCGUCCAAAGUUCUCCUGCUCCAAAGCUUGUGUUCAACCGGCUGAACGGCAAACGGUACCACGUAGCACCGGCCCCACGAGUCGACUCUCCACCAGAAGGUUUCACUCCAGCCCACGAAGAAAAUGUCAAGUUUGUGUAUGAAGAGUGGCAGCAAGUGGAGCAGCGGUUGGCGGACGGUACCCAGACAGAUGGAGGCCAAGGCCCGGUCCAGUACUCCGAGAAGACCCCCAACCCUGGCAUGAAGAACUUCGUCCCCAUCGACCUGGAAGAGUGGUGGGCACAGCGUUUCCUGGCCAACAUCGUUAACCUGUCGUGAUCGGAGAAGCCCGGUGCAUGGCGCGAGGAGCCACGUAGACCGGAGUGGGAUGUGGGUGGGUUUGGCGUUGAGAGCGCAGCCAGUGCUCGCGUUCAGCCUGGGGGGGCAGCGUGAGAGUCUGCCAGCGGCUCUGCCACCCCUGCCCUAAUUUCUCUCCAGUGUGCCAGGCCGUGGGCUGAAGACCUUUCUUUGUUAAAGAAAAUGAAAAAAAUUCCCAUGUUGUGUGUAGAGACCACAAGUCUGUGUUACUUGCUUGGUAUUUGCAUAAAACAAGAAAAAGAAAAUAAAAAUGGAAAAUGUAUUUUCAGGA